GCCGACAAUCCUGAAGUUGGUACAUUUGGUAUAGUUGAUGGCAACUUGGGAUCAAUCAAAAUGAAGAUUCCGGAGUUUUAUUGUAACAACAACGCUAAAGAGUACCUUGAAUGGGAAAGAAAGGUUGAGCAAAUUUUUGAGUGCCAUAAUUAUUCUGAAGAGAAUAAGUCUCACCUUGCAGCCGUUGAGUUCAAGGGGCAUGCCAUGUUCUGGUGGGAACAGUUGUUAAUAAAGUGAAGAAAGAAAGGCAUGCGACCCAUGCCACAAUGGGAGACCAUAAAGGAGUUGAUGCACCAAAAAUUUGUCCCUGCUCAUUACUUUAGGGACUUACAUAACAAAUUGGCAAGAUUGGUGUAAGGAGGAAAAGGUGUAGAAGUUUACUACAAGGAGAUGGAGAUGUGUAUAGCUAGAGCUAAAAUUGAGGAGGCUGAAGAAAUUACCAUGUCUAGGUUCCUUAGAGGUCUGAAUAGUGAGAUUGCCGAUGCUUUAGAGAUGUGUCACUAUGAUACACUAGAAGAGAUGGUAGAUAUGGCCAUGAAGUUAGAAAGGCAGAAAAAGGGGAAGUUUACCAACAGGUAUUCCAACAAUACUUUGGGAUCCAAUUGGUCCAAAGGAGGUGAAAGAAGAGAUUUCAGAGACAAUAGUUUCCAAAGGGCAGAAUCAACUUCAAGAGGUAAAGAGGUUGCCCAAUCAUCAUUCAAGGGAAACAAAGAUACUUCUAACCCUAUAACCCCUUUUAGAGAGAUUAAAUGCUUUAAGUGUUUGGGGAAAAGGCAUAUUACAUCUCCAGGUCCUAAUAAGAGGGUUAUGAUUUCUAAGGAUGAUGGGAAUAUUAGCUUUGAAUCUGAAUGUAGUGAUUCUAAUGAUGUGCCACAUUUGCAUGAUGAUGAUAAUGAUAUUUUGGAUGUGGAUGAACAUAAUCUGUUGUUUGCUGAACAUGGAGAAUCUCUAAUUGUUAGACGUGCUCUGAACAUGCAUGUUAAGGAAGAGAGUCUUGAACAGCGAGAGAACAUAUUUCACACUAGAUGUUUAGUUAACGGGAAAGUGUGCAUCCUUAUUAUUAAUAGGGGGUAGUUGCACUAAUGUAGCUUGUGUAAGUAUGGUGAAUAAGCUCAACUUGGCAUGUAUGAAACAUCCUAAGCCUUACAAGCUACAGUGGU